AGCCGGGGAGGGGGGGCGGGGUCUCGCAGAGUUUGCGGGGAAGGGGCGCCAGGACUUCCCUCUCCGCGCCUGGGACGCCGCCCGCCCGACUGCGCCGUGGGAUGUAGCGCCCGCCCGCCGCCUCCCGGAGACUUGUCGGACCCUCUGUCCCGCGGCCCUGCGUCUUCUCAGGCAACCACGCCGGCUUCAGGACAUGCACGGGCACAGCCGCAACGGGCAGGCCCACGUGCCCCGGCGGAAACGCCGCAAUCGCUUUGUCAAGAAGAACGGCCAAUGCAACGUCUAUUUCGCCAACCUGAGCAACAAGUCACAGCGCUACAUGGCGGACAUCUUCACCACCUGCGUGGACACGCGCUGGCGCUACAUGCUCAUGAUCUUUUCCGCGGCCUUCCUCAUCUCCUGGCUCUUUUUUGGCCUCCUCUUCUGGUGCAUCGCCUUCUUCCAUGGUGACCUGGAGGCCAACCCAGGGGGGGCCGCGGCCGGGGCCCCAGCGGGAGGUGGUGGGGCGGUGCCUGUGGCCCCUAAGCCCUGCAUCAUGCAUGUGAACGGCUUCCUGGGCGCCUUCCUGUUCUCAGUGGAGACGCAGACAACCAUCGGCUAUGGGUUCCGGUGUGUGACGGAGGAGUGCCCACUGGCGGUCAUCGCCGUGGUGGUCCAGUCCAUCGUGGGCUGUGUCAUUGACUCCUUCAUGAUCGGCACCAUCAUGGCCAAGAUGGCGCGGCCCAAGAAGCGGGCACAGACGCUGCUGUUCAGCCACCAUGCGGUCAUCUCGGUUCGCGACGGCAAGCUCUGCCUGAUGUGGCGCGUGGGCAACCUGCGCAAGAGCCACAUCGUGGAGGCCCACGUGCGGGCCCAGCUCAUCAAGCCCUACAUGACGCAGGAGGGCGAGUACCUGCCGCUGGACCAGCGGGACCUCAACGUGGGCUACGACAUCGGCCUGGACCGCAUCUUCCUGGUGUCUCCCAUUAUCAUCGUCCACGAGAUCGACGAGGACAGCCCACUCUACGGCAUGGGCAAGGAGGAGCUGGAGUCGGAGGACUUUGAGAUUGUGGUCAUCCUGGAGGGCAUGGUGGAGGCCACCGCCAUGACCACUCAGGCCCGCAGCUCCUACCUGGCCAGCGAGAUCCUGUGGGGCCACCGCUUCGAGCCCGUGGUCUUCGAGGAGAAGAGCCACUACAAGGUGGACUACUCACGCUUCCACAAGACCUACGAGGUGGCCGGCACUCCCUGCUGCUCGGCCCGAGAGCUGCAGGAGAGCAAGAUCACCGUGCUGCCCGCCCCGCCACCCCCGCCCAGUGCCUUCUGCUAUGAGAAUGAGCUGGCCCUCAUGAGCCAGGAGGAAGAGGAGAUGGAGGAGGAGGCUGCAGCCGCUGCAGCCGUGGCUGCCGGCCUGGGCCUGGAAGCAGGCUCUAAGGAGGAGGCGGGCAUCAUCCGGAUGCUGGAGUUUGGCAGCCACCUGGAUCUGGAGCGCAUGCAAGCCACCCUCCCGCUGGACAACAUCUCCUACCGCAGGGAGUCCGCCAUCUGACCUCCAGGCCCCUCCCAUCACUUCCCCACAAGAGCCUCUGCGGGGGGUGGGAUGUCAGGACACCCCCUCCACACUCAGGACAGAGCUCAUCCUGACUCCGUGGACCUUCUGGAGGGAGAUGGGGGUUUCAAAGACUGGAGAACCCCUUCCUACUGACACCAGAACCCAGGCCUGGAAAGGUCCAGGUUACCCUCGAUCUGAUCAGCCUGGGUUCCCCAGCAUCUACCCACUGGCGGCUCAGGAACCCUAGACCCACCACCCUCUCCCCACCGACCCUUUGAGGACGUUCCCCCUUUGCAGAACCUCGGGGAAGGCGGCUGGACUGCUGGGGGGUGGGCAUCUUGGGGUUCUGGGGUGGGCUGGUGGUUGCUUGGGAGGGUGGGAGGGGGGUGCGUUUCUUUUGCAUGACUGUGGUCUGUUGCUCAUGACUUUCUUUUGUAAAUAUCUAUAAAUGGAGAGAUGGAGGCACCA